UGCUGGGAAUUGGUCGUGGGAACGCGGUUGGGUUCGCGUGCUCCGCUUGGCUGGUUCCUUGCACGUGGGUGAGACGAUGGGACUCAGCUGAAAUCCUGCCAGGUUCUCUUUCGUUUUGAACACGAGGACAAGCGUGGUUGAUCUGCAGAAGGAUCAGAAUGGUGCUCAGGUGUUCCUGCUGAGCGUCACACCUGUGGAUCCACGAGGCGAAGCUUCUUCAAAGCCUCCCCACCAGAAGGGCAACCUGCGGAAACCCCUCUGCGUUGAGCAGAUUUGGGAAAAAUUGGUCUUUCCGAGUGUUUGGCAAGAUGGCCGCCACCAAAGUGCCCAUCUACCUGAAGCGAGGGAGCCGCCGAGGCAAAAAGGAGAAACUGCGCGACAUUCUCUCUUCCGAGAUGAUCAGCCCUCCCCUGGGGGAUUUCCGGCACACAAUCCACAUCGGUAGCCAGGGGGAGAACGACAUGUUCGGAGACAUCUCUUUCCUUCAAGGCAAGUUCCAUCUCUUGCCCAGGUCGGAGAAGGUGGAUGCCGACGGGAACCGACACUACGUGGUGCCCUUUGAGUUCGCGCGGACUUCGACGAUUUCGGGCUAUGAGCCGCUCUCGUUGGACAUCCCUUCGCCGCUGCUCAAGAACGCCAUUUCUCUACCGAUCAUUGGCGGCCUGCAGGCGCUGACCUUACCUUCCGCCCAGGCCCCGCCCAAGCCACCCCGCCUCCACUUGGAUGACAAGGACUAUGCUGCUCCGCCGACAGAGGCCCACGCUCACCCUCUGGCCACCAACGGUUGGGCUUCCGAAGCCCUUGAGGACUCCAAGGCCCCUGCCCCUCUGAACGGCUUUGUCGAGGGGGAGAAAAGAGACGAACCCUUAACUCAUGCCGGGUCUCUCCUCUCCCUUCACGUAGAUCUGGGACCCUCCAUUUUGGAUGACGUUCUGGGGGUGAUGGAGAAGCACCAGACUUUGGAUGCGGACGUGCAGGACUCUGGGAGACAGGCGAUUCUGACAUGAGGAUCGUGUCUGCGAAAGGACUCCUAAAAACAAGGCCGUUUGUAGAAGAGGGUUGUUGUUGUUGUUGUUGUUGAGUGGGCUCUGUGAAGUGGAAGCUGAGGAUCUGUGUGUACGUCUGAGGAAAGAUGCAAUUCACGAAGGGUACCCUUCCUUCCAGUCUCUCCCUUAACUAACUUUGAUGCUUCGUGCGUCGCAACUCCCAAUGUUGACUUUUGCACCCUGGGCACGACAACCUUCUGCUAAGCCGCUUUCUUGCCCUCCUCCAGCAUAGGUGUGCUGGAGGAGGAGGAGGAGGCGCGUAAGAGAUUGGGGUCUGCAGUUCCACCAAACCUGGAAACAUGUUCCUUCUUCAUCACCGAUUUAUGAACGGUACCCUUGUUCUCACCUUCCCAUUAUCUAACUUGGAUGCCUCACGCAUCACAACGCCUGAUGUUGAUGCUUGCAAAACAACCUUCGGCUAAACUGCUUUGUUGCCUCCUCUAGCACAACUGCUGGCCUGCUUGGAAGAGGAAGAGAGGAGCAUGGGAGAUGUAGUCUUUAGUUCCACCCAACCUGGAAACGCGUUCCUUCUUCGUCACUGAUACACUACCCAAUCCGUGCAUCACAAACUCCUAAAACAUCCCUCUUUACCUAAAAGGAAGAAGGAGGACUGGGGAAAAACCAAAAAUUGUAGCAGCCAAAAGUUGUGUUGAUCGUACUUUUCUUUUGUGCAAUGGGGUAGGUGGGAAUUAGGUUAAUGUUGGCUCAGUCGCCUUGGGUUGUUAAUCGGCCUUCGAAACAGCCCUGCGAAAGAGCCGUGUGACGCAAACCAAGAAUCCCUCUAUGUUGCAAUGCAAAAGAAAGUCAGACUCGGGCUAAAUUUUGGUGGUUUUUGAUAAAAGCGAAGUGUCAUAUCGCUCCUUGGGGUAUGGAAGGCUCGGCUUUCACAAUGCACAAAAGCCAAAAAAAAAAUGUAGCUUGCACAAUUUCUGGCUGUACGGCAUCUCAGAAUGCCGAACAGAUGCUCCAAAUUUUCCAAGCGUCCCCUGUGGCUGCCAAAUAGUGAUUUAUUUAUUUUUUAUUUUCUUGACGGGAAACGUUGCGAUCCCUGAUAAAGCCACAAUCUGCACCAUAUGUCUGAAUUAAAUGUAAGUUGAGCCAAGGCAAGUUUUUCAAUUCUUUUGCUGAAAUUGGGAGGUGAUUUUUUUAUUUUAAAGAAUUGCACAUCCCCAAGGUCAGAAAAACACACCACUUCUCCAGGUACGGACGAGAUGACACUAAAACCGACUGGUUUUUUUUUUUGUUUUCCAUUUAUUUUUUCAUUUCUUUAUUUCCUCCCUUCCCGGAGAGCCUUGUUAAAUGGUUUAUCCGACAUCUGCCUCCAUGUCUAGGAUAACCUAGAAAGAUUUGUCCAGCGUGUUUUCAAGGGAAGCACAAAUAAUCCUUCCUUGGACCAACAAAAGGACGCUUUGUCCCUUAGUGGGUGUCUUCGCACUCCUUUUAUCCUGUCCAUCUGUUGUUGUGAAAGCUGUUUUUGCGGGGAGAUCACACAUCUCUCUUGCAUAAGGCUGCCGGUCCUUGUGAGAUGCAGAGAAGGCUGUGUUGUGGGAUUUGAACCCCCGUUACCUCGGGCCAAGGAAACUGUCUAAAAACUCAAAAAUAAUUCAGCAGGGCCUCUUAAAUCGGACCGGCACGAGAUUUAUUGUGAUUUUGCCUAGGUGCCUAAUCCAGGCUUUCAAACAUGGCUCAACAAUGCAAAUUUUGCUCUAAAACCCAGAAGCAAAAUUCUCAUAAUUUGGAACGGACAAACUGCUUUGUAUCUGUGUUUCAAAGUUUUAUUUGGGGGCAAAAAAAAAGGGAGCAUUGGUGGUUUUAAUGUUCCCAAUUAAUUUCUGGGCACCUUCUCCUGUUUUUUAGCCCCUGCUGUUGCCCUAGGGCAGCUGGUUUAUUGUUCAGCUGGGGAGAAAAAAAAUAAGGAUAAAAAGCAGAAACCAUUGUGUAUUGCCAAUCGCAUGUCUACAGUUUUCUCUCAUUGUUUUCACAAAGUCAGUCCUGGUCUCCGGAGCAUUGUUGGACUUUCUAUUCUCACUUUCCCCCCUUUUCGAGUUAGUUUUAUUUUUUAAAAAUGAACAAAAGGGGAGUUUCGCACAUUUGUCCUUUCCUUAAGCCGGGAGCCACGAUUUAGCUUCUGCUAGAGUUUGAAUUAAUUUUGAUUUGUUUAAUGAUGGAUGAGCAGCAAUUAAUGGCAAGUGCCCUGUUUUAAUUUGCAAUUUGCAAUGGCUGAGUUUGCACUACACAGAGCCAAAAUCGGCUGCAGUUUAGUGCAGUGGGUGAAGGCAACUUUUUCUUUUCACCUUGCAUAAAGUAAUCUUGGGGCAGAGAGUUCCACUGUUCAUUUCUGGCUACCUGCAGAAAUUUUUCGCUUGGCUUCCUGAUUUUUCUUUCAACCGGCCCUCCCUGAAUGACCAAACCAGGCAGUGGUUUUGCAAUAUUUUGGCUCCAGGCAUUUAAGUUUACGCUUUGCAUUGGGAUGGUUGAAUAAAAUCCCUUAACCAGGGUUACUAUGUGAAGCAAAAUCAGCUCUUUUGGCUUAAACUUUUGUUUUUGUCGCCAAUCAUUUUAUACUUUGCCUGCCUGAUGCUUUGAGUCUCCUUUCCAUAUAUCUGCAAAAAACCCUUCUAAAUAAUUAGAUUAUUUGACCUGCCCAGCUGAGCACUAGCUUCCGGCCCCACCAGGAUGGUAAAAGGCCUCCUGGGGGUGGGGAGCUCCCUCACCUGUUGAUCGAUGAGCACUUUACUGCACCUGGUCACGCCCACCUUGGCAGACAUUUUGUGGGAGCACCCACAGGCAAGCUUUUCAAAUUAUAAGCAUGCCUUCUGCCAGUUCUGUUUUGAAUAAUUUCACUCAUUUUAAUUUGCACCUUAAUCUUCACACCUAACAUGCAGACCUGGCCAAUUUGCUUCCCAACCACAAGCCAAGCUGGGUGUCGCCAUGUCUCUGCCUUU